UGCGACAAGGGGAUAUCUUGCUAUGGCUGGGAUAUAUUGAUUUGAAUCGGACACGAUGUGUUUAUAUUGCAGUCCCUUCUCUCGACACCCCUCUAUUGCUUCCCCCCCCCCACUGGAUCGAUUGAAUCCCAUCCAAACAGAUACGACACCCCCCGAUACAUAGAAUACUAAGCAUCAUUCGAGAUGCCUGUUCUUUCUCCUUUCCAGUCCUCGAUCGCCAAGCCCGGCCAGGGAAAGGUGGUGCUCACGCUCCUUCCACCGGGGAUCCCAACGCUCAAGACCCUGACGUACAAGUAUCCUCUGAAGCUGCUGACGCGCACUAGCGGCUUCGUCCCUGAAUCAUCGGCAUCAAAGAAUGCGGCGCGACCCGUGCAUCUUUACCUCCUCAGCUACGGCGGCGGCCUGCUACCAGGCGACCAGAUCGAAGUCUCGGUAACUCUGGAACCGUGCACGCGGCUUGUCGUGACGACGCCGCAGGGGAGCACGAAGAUCUUCAAGACGGAGGUGGAGGAGGUGGGAACCACAAGACUAGCAGGUGGAGAAGAAGAAACACGAUUACAGAAGAUGAGUCGGCAGGUUGUCGACGUGCGGAUCGACCGUGGUGCCGCGCUGUGCUACCUGCCGGACCCGUCUGUGCCCUUCCGAGACAGCCGGUACGAGCAAGUCCAACGCUUUACAGUAGUGGACGGCACCGUACGCGACGACGCACAGCGCAGCAGCCUCUGUGUGUUGGACUGGGUGACGCAGGGUCGUACCUCGCGCGGCGAGAAUUGGGACUUUCACAGCUGGCGGGGGAAGAACGAAGUAUGGUCGGAGAAUGACAAGAAGAAAAAACUUCUCCUCCGCGACUCGGUGAUUCUCGACCAGGAAAGCCAAGACCCCGCGGCAGGGUAUACUCUGAUUCGGGAACGGACACGCCCGCACGGCGUCGUAGGAACAUUGAUCCUGUAUGGUCCCUUGUUCGAGUCGCUCGCCUCCUUCUUCAUGGACACGUUCGCUUCCUUACCGCGCAUCGGCGGCCGGAACUGGUCCACUGCUCCGUCCACUGCGGCCGAUGCAAGCCAUAAUAAUGCUGAUGGUAAUGUCACAUGGACUGCGGCCCGGGUGCGCGCGGGCUUUGUGCUGGUGAAAUUCGGGGCGAGAGACUUUGAGACGGCGAGGUCGUGGCUGGGCGGGCUGUUACGCCGGGAGGGCAGCAUAGCGAGGGAAUUCGGAGAGGAAGCAUUACUUUUUUGUAGUUAA